AUGGCCAACUUGGAAGAAAUCAUUUACCCUAAUAUCGAGCUCAUUAUCGCUGAUGAUUCUGCACGAUAUUGUCACCAGGAGAUUUCUCGUCAGGGGCGUGGGACACUGGGGGAGCUUGUGGAACGAAUGAUCCCGAUGGCCAUUGAACAACUCUCGGAUACCUUUUAUCUGACUCUAAAGUACAAACAAGGUUUUGACUAUACAACAUUUCCAGAGAUCGACAUGGGACGCCCACUGCUCGAUGAGGUGCCAAACGCAGAGAAGGUGUAUGUCCUGGUGCACCUGCGGGGUGAAGAAACCCAAAUGUUUCAGCAGCAUUUCACCAAGAGGAAACAGACUGAAUUGGACCUGGUGUCGUUGUUCAAGGAGGUUCGAGACGAGGUGAAGACCCUGAAGGAAGACACAGAGAAAGAGAAGAAGGAAAGAGCGAAGGACAGGAAGGAUCUCGAGGUGAAGGUGGCAAAGGCCAGGAAGGAUCUUGAGGCAAAGGCGGCAAAGGACAGGGAAGAGUUCGAGGAAAAGCUCACACAGCAAGAGAUCCAUAUUGAGUGA